AUGACUGCAACAUCUGAAGUAACAAAUACAGAAAAACCAACAACCGCGACAACAACGAUAUCAGUUACACAAACAUUACCACCAUUACCACCGACAAUAGAGAUAUCAACGAUAUCAGUUACUCGAACAAUUCUAACAUUACCAACAAAUACAACACAGACAAUAGACUAUUUACAAAGGACGGCAUCUUCAGCAAUGUCAUUACAUACAGCGACAGCUACCACACAAGCAAUAAAUGCUUCUAAAUCAGAGAUCACCAUGCCAUCAACAAUUACUAUUCAAAACAGAACCUUAUCGAAAGCAACAACUGUACAAAGUGGAACCCCAACAGAUGCAACCAUACAAAGUUCAAUCUUACUAGUAACAACAAUCACACAAAAUUCUAAAACUCCUUCAACGUCAGUAUCUUCAUCCAGAACAAACCAUACAGCUUCAAAACCAACAUCAAUCGUACCAGUGACAACAAUCACACAAAAUUCUAAAACUCCUUCAACGUCAGUAUCUUCAUCCAGAACAAACCAUACAGCUUCAAAACCAACAUCAAUCGUACCAUCACCAUCUAUAAUAUCAUCAACUAUUAAACCAAAUACGAAAAAAGGACCGACCAACAUAACACAUAGUGCAACAGGGUCUUUCACACAAAUAGCACAAAAUACAACAAUUAAUGGUAACAGAAACAGAUCUGUACAUCAAAACAUCAAAACAAUCACUCCAUUGUCAAUAUUCGUACUAACAAACAUCACGACACAAAGAACUUCAACUGCAACCAAUACGAAAGAAAUAACUCCAACGACUCUACAAGAACACUUGGCUUCUACAACUACACAUGUGUCAACUAUCAAUUCAAAGACGACACCAUCCAUUUCCGUGUCAACUAUAAAUUCAAAUACUACAUCAUCUAAAUAUGUGUCAACUGAAAGUACAAAGACGACUACAUCAAUAUAUGUGUCACCUACAAGUACAAAGACGACACAAUCUAUAUAUGUGUCACCUACAAGUACAAAGACGACACUAUCAAUAUCUUUGUCAACUAUAAACUCAUCAUCGACAUUAUCAACAUAUGUGUCAACUUCAAAUGUUAAGACGAUACCAUCCAAAUAUGUGUCAACUACGAAUAAGAAGACGACACCUUUAAAAUAUGUGUCAGCUAUCAAUUGGAAAAUGACACCGUCUAAAUCUGUGUCAACUAUCAAUUUGAAAAUGACACCGUCUAAAUUUGUGUCAACUAUAAAUUUGAAUCUGACACCAUCCACAGUCAUGACAACUGCUUCUCAGCUACCAACAACGAGUCCAUUGAUAUCUGCGUUAAUCUCGAACACACCAAGGCAAACAGCACAAACAGCCAUUAUAUCAACUGGAACUAACACAAAAACAACGAACAAAUUAUCAACCCGAAAGGGAUCAACGAUUAGCAAAACAACAAAAUCAACAAAACCAAUAUGGAAAACCAAACCAUCAAAGAAACUUCUGACAAUACAAUCAACAACAAAACGAAACACUUUCACGUCGAUGGUAAUAGUAUCACCAGUUAUAGCAACAUUUGCCACAACUUUGCCAAAAAAAUCAAAAACUGUGAGCAUGAAACAAGUUUCGACAAGUACAUCGUUACCCUUGAGAGAAACAGGAAUGUCGAGAUUAUCAAACAAAGCUACUUUGAUCAAUGUCAGGACAUUAUCAGUAUCUACAACACAUAAAAGGAUAAAAAUACCAGCUACACAAAUGAGCACUUCACCAACUCCUUUUAAUUCUCUGCCAAUAACGACUUUAAACACACCAACAUUUAAGAGAACAACAAAAACACAUAAAAGGACGACAACACCAGUUAUAGUAAUGAAAUCAAUACCAACUACUUUAAAAGCGCGGUCACGAAUGACCUCAACCAUAUCAGCAUCGACGGCAACACAAACACCAAUAUCAAAAUCAACAAAAAACCGUAAAACCAAUAUUGCAUCGAGGAAAAGGACCGUUAAAAGUAAAAGACCAAGAUUACAUACCACUACAGUCAAAACGAUGCCCAGGACACAUAAAUCGGAAUCAAAUUAUGGUAAGUGA